AUGAGUCUCUCUUACAACAAUUACAAUUAUAAUAAUUGUAAUGCUAUACCUAAUAACAUCAGUAAUGUUAACAAUUAUAAUAAUUUCAAUAAUAUAAAAAAUGUCAAAAACAUAAAGAAUAAUCAAAAUUUUAAUAAAUCUAACUCAACCCCAAUAAAUUUAUCAUCAUAUAACAUAAAUUACAAUUCCAAUAACUUUAACAAUUUCAAUAAUUCCAAUAAUUCCAAUAAUUCCAAUAAUUUUAAUAAUUUUAAUAAUUUUAAUAAUUUUAGUGAAAAUUCACAAAAUUAUAUUCCAACUUUAGAAGAAUUAAUAAACUGUUGCUACAUCUUGGAUGGUUUCUCUGAUAAUGACUUGUCCAAAAUCAACUAUGACAAUGAUUUUUCCUUUAUAGAUUUAAAUAUCUUGAAAGAUGAUAUAAGAUUAAAUAAAAAAAUUAAUACUAAUAUAAAUAACACCAAUAUUUCAAUUAUAAAUGAAAUCAAAAGUCUAAUCAUAAAUGAAUUUUCCUCAAUUUCUCAUUUUAAAUUAAACUUCAAUAAUAAUAAUAGUAAUAAUAACAACAAAAACAACAACAACAACGAUAACAACAACAAUGAUAAUGAUGACCCAUUAUCUCCAAUCAAAAUCAACAAUCCUAUUUCCACAGCUUCCAGCUCUUCAAAUCUUCCAAAUAAUAUAGAAAAAGUUAAAAUCAAUAAACUAAUCCAUAUCACAAAUAAGUUCAAACAAAAUAUUAACCUCUCUCAUUGUGAAGAAAAUUUAGCCUUUCUAAUCCAAAUUUAUAAUUAUCAAAAAAUAUGGAAUUUUAUAUUCACUGAAAGAAGAUACUCAAUCCUCAAAUGCAAAAUUAAUAACAACAAUAAAAGAAGCAGUAUCUCUUCAAUAAAAUUCAAUCUAAACAAAAGAAGACAAAGCUCCUCUUUUAACCCCUUCAAUGAUAAUAGAAACUCUGAAAAUUCAAUAACCUCAACGCUACUUAAUUUAAGAGACAAUUCUUAUUCAAAACUAAACUCUUUUUCAAAUAAUCUUUCUCUAAUUAACACUAAUAAUAAUAACAACAAUAUCGAAAAGAUUAAAGAUCCUGAUACUCUCAAUUUAUUCAAAGAUGAACUUAAUGAAAUAUGGAACAACCUAAUGAGCGAAUACGUUUUAAAUAAUUCCCCAAAACAAAUCAAUUUACCAAAUGAAGUCUAUAAAAAUAUCAUAAAUGAACACAACGACCCCGAUGUUCUUUAUCAUUCCCCAAUCUUUUUAGUUCAAGCUAAAAAUUCGGUUCUACAAUUACUACGAGAAAAUAUUUACAACUCCUUUAUAACUGAUUUCCAAAAUGAUAACAACUCCCAUUUUAUCACUUCUCAAAUUAAAAAUUCCGAUAAUCAAUCUCAAUCUCAAUCUCAAUCCGUUUUUUUUAAUGAUUCAACUUCCUUAUCAACUUCUCCUGAUUCAAUGUCAACUUCUCCAACUUUUCCAACUCCUUCAUCAAUUCUAUCAAAUAAUCUCUACGAUCAUUCUCCAAAGAACAAACUACUUAAAGACAAUGUAUCCUUCAACUUAAAUCCUUAUAAAAUCAAUUAUAAAAGUAAUCAGGUUCAACAGAAAAAAAAUAAAUCAAAUUUGCCAAUAGAUCCAUUAGAUGAACCUAUAAAUCAAUCCCAUAGCUAUAUUCAUAAUCACAAAAAUAAUCAUUUUUCAAUUGAUAGUAAUAGAAAUAAUAAACUAAAUUUGAAUCCAAAUACAAACUCGCCCCUAAUGACUUAUUCUCCUGAAAAUACUUCAACUCUUGAUGAUAAAGAAUACAUUUUUUCCAAGAAGUCUGCUGUAAAGGGAAAGUCAAAGUCAAAGUCUUUGACUUUUAAAUUAAUUAAACAAAAAUCAACCGAAGGACAUGAACUCCAUUCACUAAAGGCCCCAAGAGGUCCUUGUGGUAUGGUUUUCGAUGAAAAUGCCUAUAAUCCUAAACCACCAAUGCAAAAAAAGCAAUCAUCAACCACUGGACAUAGAAGAUGGAGCUCAUUAAUGGGAAAGUUUAAGAAAAAAUAG